UUCAGCAGCUGAUCUGCUCUUCUCUCUUUAAAACCAAAAUGAGCGGCAAAAUAUUAAAACAAGAGGUUGGGUCUACACCUCCCACAGUCUACAACAAUGAUGAGCUGAUCAGGAUUGUGAUGGUGGGGAAGACUGGAGCUGGGAAGAGCGCCACAGGAAACACCAUUCUGGGAGAAAAGUGCUUUAAAUCUGAGUUCUCUGCUAAAUCUUUGACUACAGUCUGUGAAAAGGUUGAUGGUGAGGUGCAUAGAAAAAAGGUUGCUGUUAUCGACACUCCAGGUCUGUUUGACACCAGGAACACUGAAGAGAAAACAGUUCAAGACAUUUCCCAGAGCAUUGCUUAUGCUUCUCCUGGACCUCAUAUCUUCCUGAUCAUCAUCAGACUGGGCAGACACACAGUGGAAGAAAAGCAAACAGUGCAGAAGAUUCAGAAAAUCUUUGGUGAGGAAGCCAACAAAUACAGCAUGGUUCUCUUUACCCAUGGUGACCUGCUCAAAGGGAAAUCUAUCAAGGAGUUCUUGGAGAAAAGUGAAGAUCUGAAGGAACUUGUGAACAAAUGUAACGGCCAGUAUCACGUGUUCAAUAAUGAGGAGGAGGAUCGUUCUCAGGUCAGCGAGCUGCUCGAGAAGAUCAGAAAUAUAAAUGAACAGAAUGGAGGAAGCUACUACACCACUGAAAUGUUCCAAAAGGCAGAGAGAGUGAUUGAAAAGGAGAAACAACGAAUCCUGAAAGAAAAAGAAGAGGAACAUCGCAAAGAGCUGGAGGAACUAAUUAAGAAAAUGAAGGAAAAAUUUGACCAACAGAUGAAGGAGGUGAAGGCUGAUAAGGAGAGGGAGAAUACGUUGAGGGAUGCUCGUGAAAAAGAGAUGAUGGAGGAAAUAGAAAAACUGAAAAAAGUACAGGGAGGGCAGGCCAGACGAGAAGCUGAGGAGAGGCCCUCAUUAAUCCAAUUCAUUUUGCAACCACAAAUCCUGAAAGAGAAAGAAGAGCAAAACCACAAAGAGCAGGAAAAGGAACAGAAACAGCAGAGUGAAGAUGAUGAGGGAGGAGAGAGCUGA